AUGUUCUACUCGCACCAGCUUCUGGCUCGCAAAGCCCCGAUGGGGCAGAUUUGGAUGGCUGCGACUAUGCAUGCAAAGAUCAAUCGGAGAAAGCUCGACAAGCUCAACAUCAUCAAGAUCUGUGAAGAGAUUUUGAAUCCUUCAGUUCCUAUGGCCCUCAGACUCUCCGGGAUUCUCAUGGGUGGGGUUGUGAUUGUCUACGAGCGAAAAGUCAAAAUCCUCUACGAUGAUGUUACCCGUCUUCUGGUUGAAAUAAAUGAAGCAUGGAAGGUGAAAGCUGCUCCAGACCCCACUGUCCUCCCGAAAGGAAAAUCCCAAGCCAAGAAAGAAGCAGUGACAUUACCUGAGAACGAAGAGACAGAUGUUGGAGAUAUUGAACAGUCCCUCAAUUUUUCCAAUACCCGGGGCUUCCAACAGACCGCCUAUUUUGCCAUGCGACUGGACACGAUGGAUGAACCUUACACUAAUGAUAAUGCAAGGGAGGAAGAUCCGUGCCAAAACUUUCAUCAAGCCGAUGCGGAUAACAUCACCUUAUUUGAACGUUUUGAUUCAUACCAAGCCAACGCAGAUAUGUUCAAUCGCUUUGAAAGAUUUGAUAUUGAAGGGGAUGAUGAGACGCAGCUGAACUUCAAUUCAGGAGAGCACACGGAAAUCCCAACGACCCUCCUACCCUCCCCUCAUAGACACGAUAAUCCUCUAAGAGCUGAUGAAUUUCAAUACCAACAUCCAGAUCACCAGGUCAAUCGGACAUCUGACGAAUGCAAGGAAGCUAGACAGGAUCAAGAAAGGCAGGGAGUAAAAAGAAGAAAAACUAGAAGACCAACAGCCUCUCUCAUGGAUUAUGAACAAACCGUGAUCCCCGGUCCUAUAUACCAGUCUUGGCUUCAAAAUGCCUCAGAUAUUGUCUCAAGAAGGGGAAGAAAGAGAAAGCACAUGGAGAUCAUGUCUACUAUGAAGAUAGCUAACCUCAUGGAAUUGCCGCCGGUUGUACUAAUUGGUGGUUUAUUUAUAAAUGGAAGUAAAGCAGUCCAUUAUCCACCACCUCUUCUCGAGCUAUGGAUGAAAAGCAUCCAACCUCCCCAUGGCUCAGCUUCUGAAAGGACCUCUCCACCCCUGCCACCAGAACCAACAUCAUUUUCACCACCAGAAAGAGCACAUUACCAAGAGUCAAUAGGAUUUCCUUUUGAAGAAUUUCAUAGUGGAGCUGGCUCCCAGUCAUUGGGAGUUUCCAUAGAGAAGCAACGGACAAAUGUCUUCAACCAUGAAAUCCCAACUGAAUUCCUCAUGGAUGAACUACGGGCCAACCUUAUGAACAAUCGGGUGAGGGUAGCUGAAGCCAAUCCGAUGGUCACACCUGGGAAUUCUGUUGACGAAGCAAGAUCCAUUCCUAGCUCAGCGUCUGGACAUGGUGUUCUCUCACAUAAUUCCGAAGUCAAUUCAGGAAGGAAAAGGCCUUAUUCGUCAUCUAGACACAGCAGUGGUGGCCUUGAACCAGUGGCUGAGGAGAAUCCGUGGAAGCAUUCUGACCCCAAUUUUAAGUUAACAAGGUUGUCUGAAAAUGGCCCGACACCUGAUCAAGAUCUGUUUGUGGAAACUGGAGUGACUCAAACACAACAUGAAAGCAUCAACCCUCCCGUUGACAAGAUGACUGAUUCUAUUCGAAUGCAGAUGAAAGCGCAUUUUGACACACCGGGAGCCCCUCAAGUAGAAUCCCUGAACAACCUAGCAAUUGGAAUGAGUAGAAAAGGAGCCGCCUUGCUCUUUUAUCAGACUUGCGUUCUGGCUUCUCGAGAUAUCCUGAGAGUAGAGCAAACGGUGCCUUUCGGGGACAUCCUCAUCUCUAGAGGGGCAAAGAUGUGACAGAUCUUAUGUUGCACUGAUAAAUACAGGAAUCGAAGAGCUUGUGUAGACCCCAGGAUUAGUAAAGGGGGGUUCUCCCCUGUUUCUUUAUGGUUGAAAUACUAUAUACUUUCGUGAUUUAUCAUUUAUCUGAUACAUCCUAUACUAGCAAUAAUUUAGCACUC